CUCUUUUAUUCCCUCAACCUACCCCCUCCCUUCUUCUUCGUCUUCGUCUGCGUCUCCGCUCUUCCGAUCCCGGCUCUCUCUCUCUCUCUCUCUCUCUCUCUCUCUCUCUCUCUCCAUUAGGAGAGGUGGAAAGGAAAUCCCCAGAACCCUAAACCUAAUCGGAUCUCCGCUCGCAAAAUGGUGCUGAUCUCUCUGGUGAGAGACUACAUCGGGCGGAUGCUCCAGGACAUCCCGGGCAUGAAGGUCCUCGUCCUCGAUUCUCAGACGGUUUCGAUCUUUUGAACUGUUAAGGUCUUCAGGAGCCGGAUGAGAUUUUUGGGUUCUUGAAUCUUGAAGAAAUAUUUUGACAUGGUAGUAAUCUUACGCCGUUAAAAAUGGCCCUGAGUUGGGGAAUUAGUUGAACCUUGUGCGAGCGUCCCGCAAGAUGAAAGGAAUCGGUGCGUGCCGGAAGCCUAGAGGAGAUGAUCAAUAUGCAAUAAACAAGUGACAUAAUCCACUUUGUCAAGGAGUCACUCAGAACGCAGAAGGAAACCCAAAAGCCACCUAUCACGAGUGUUUCUUGUGAGAGAGUUUUAAAUCACUUAUCUAAGUUACAAAUAAUUGCAGAUGACUGAAUCCAGAGCUCAGAGUCCAUCAGUAAGAGACAGGACGCAAUGAAGAACGGCUCCAUUUUGUCCAUCAUCAAAUCCUCACGGCCACAGCUGUCGUACGCAGCAGAGACACGUGUCAGCAUUGUAAGUGUUGCAUAUUCUCAAUCAGAACUACUUCAGAAGGAGGUGUUUUUGGUAGAACUGGUGGAUUCGAUGUCAAAAGAAUCAAUGGCACACCUCAAAGCAGUGUACUUCCUUCGCCCAACAUCAGAGAAUAUUCAGAAAUUGCGACGCCAGUUGGCUAAUCCCAGAUUUGGCGAAUAUCACUUGUUUUUUUCCAACAUCUUGAAAAUUACCCAAAUUCAAGUGCUUGCUGAUUCAGACGAACAAGAAGUUGUCCAACAAGUUCAGGAGUUCUUUGCGGAUUUUUGUGCCAUUGAUCCUUACCAUUUUACUCUAAACAUGCACAUGAAUCACAUAUACAUGCUCCCAACAGUCAUAGAUCCUCCAAGCUCACAAAGCUUCUGUGAUCGAGCAGUUGAUGGAAUUGCUGCUGUUUUCUUAGCACUCAAACGCCGCCCUGUUAUUCGGUAUCAACGGGCCUCAGAUAUUGCAAAAAGGAUUGCACAGGAAACUGCAAAGCUUAUGUAUGAGCAGGAAAGUGGUCUGUUCGAUUUCAGGCGUACAGAGAUCUCUCCCUUGUUGCUGGUAAUUGAUCGAAGGGAUGACCCUGUGACCCCAUUGCUGAAUCAGUGGACUUACCAAGCAAUGGUGCACGAGCUUAUUGGUAUUCAAGAUAACAAAGUAGAUUUGAGAAAUAUCGGCAAAGUUCCCCAAGAUCAGCAGGAGGUUGUGCUGUCGUCGGAGCAAGAUGCCUUCUUUAAAGCUAACAUGUAUGAAAAUUUUGGAGAUCUUGGAAUGAAUAUCAAGAGAAUGGUGGAUGAAUUCCAACAGAUUGCAAAGUGUAACCAAAACAUCCAGACAGUAGAGGAUAUGGCCAAGUUCGUGGACAACUACCCCGAGUACCGAAAGAUGCAAGGCAAUGUAUCAAAGCAUGUGACCAUGGUUACAGAAAUGAGCAGAAUUGUUGAAGAGCGGAAGCUUAUGCUAGUGUCAGAAACUGAACAAGAGCUUGCUUGUAAUGGUGGACAACUGGCAGCCUUUGAGGCUGUCACCAAUCUUCUGAACAAUGAAAUUGUCUCUGAUGUUGAUCGCUUACGAUUAGUAAUGUUGUAUGCUUUGCGCUAUGAAAAGGAGAGCCCAGUUCAAUUGAUGCAGCUUUUCAACAAAUUAGCUUCACGGUCUGCAAAGUAUAAAUCCGGUCUUGUCCAAUUCCUCCUAAAGCAGGCAGGUGUCGAUAAGAGAACAGGUGAUUUGUAUGGCAAUCGUGAUCUCCUGAAUAUUGCUCGUAACAUGGCUCGUGGACUCAAGGGUGUGGAGAACGUAUACACACAACACCAGCCUCUUCUUUUUCAAACCAUGGAAAGCAUAAUCAAGGGGAGAUUAAGAGAUGUUGACUAUCCAUUUGUUGGCAAUCAUUUUCAACAGGGCAGACCUCAGGAGGUUGUGAUUUUCAUUGUUGGGGGAACAACAUAUGAGGAAGCACGCACUGUGGCUCUGCAUAAUGCUGCCAAUUCAGGAACACGUUUCAUACUUGGAGGUUCUGUGGUCCUCAAUUCUAAGCGUUUCCUAAAAGACCUGGAGGAGGCGCAAAGGAUAUCUCGAACAAACAGCGUUGUUUAGAGUGAAACUGUUGCUUGUUCAACGGCAGGGACUCGAGAAAUGCUGGCAAUGAAUGCUCCCUGCAUUAAUGAUGGGAAAUGCGAAUUUUGACAGCCAGGUUUUGCAAGAUGACCGACAUGUGAAAUGACUCGAUCUUGUAUCCGAUAAGGUGAUCACCAUCAUUCAUUGGUUUCAAAGCAAUGAUGUGUACAAGGUGUAAAAUAUUUUAUUUUUAUUUUUAUUUUUUAUUUUUUUUGUAUGGUUGUGGACUUGUGGGAGCUGUAGUGUAUGCUAUUUGAGUACUGGAAAAGAUUGUGAUGAGCUUGUUCUUCAUUUCGAAACGUAAUGAAUUGAUUCCGAUAGAUAAGAAAAAGUUGUAUUACACAAGCCAUUGAAUCUGAUCUAA